AUGUUAUCAUCAAUUUCUCUUCUACUUUUAUUAAUAUUCAUUUUCAUCAAUACAAUUCACACAAGUCAAUUUGGAUGCGAAUACAAUUCGACAACUUAUCCGAUUAAUACUGAAUGGACAUUAGCUGAUUCUUGUCAAACAUGUAAAUGUUUAUCGAAUCAAAUUAUUAUUUGCCGAAAUCGAACAUGUCAAUUGACGAGAGAUUGUCGAAUGGGUGAACAACUGACGCUGAAAACAGGUUCCUGUUGUCCAACAUGUGCAUCUGUUCGACGAUCUUGUCUCUACGAUGGUACAGCAAUUCUCCAUAAUACGAUAUUCUAUCCGAAACCAUGCCUACAAUGUCGUUGCCGAGAUGGUCAAUUGUUUUGUGAUAAUAUUUGUCGUCCAUCAAUUUCAUCAAUAGACAAAUGUUUGUUUGAUAAUGAAUUUCAUGAGUUGAAUUCUGUCUGGUUGCCGUUACCAUGUAUCGUAUGUCAGUGUCGACAACUCGCAUUGAAAUCGAAUGUGUCGUCGAUUUGCUAUAUUAAACAAUGCCCGAUAAUAAAAACUUGUCGUGAGUCGCUUCAAUUCAUUCCCGGUCGUUGUUGUCCAAUAUGUCGAACAAGUAUUUGUCAUGAUCAAUCAGGUCUUAUUUAUCAAGAUGGGGAUGUUUGGAGUCGGAAGAAUAACUGUACACAUUGCCGUUGUCAACAUGGUUUAAGUAUUUGUACGGAAGAAAAAUGUCCAGUACUACAAUGCAAAUCUGAUGAGAAACUGAUUCGUUUACCCAAUAGUUGCUGCUCGGUAUGUAGUAAUCGACAUAUUUGUCGAUUCUAUGGAAAUAAAGGAUAUCAAAUCUAUUAUGAACAUGACAUUUGGUACACAUCAGCUUGCCAAUAUUGUACAUGUCGACGGUACAAUCGAAUUCUCUGUAAAAGCAUCCAAUGUGACCAUCAAUUUUGCCUGGAAAAUGAAAUUCAAGAAUCACGAUCGGAUAGUUGCUGUGUCACAUGUCGACAACCGAAACAAUGCUACUUGAACGGUCAUAUUCUUAAGGAAGGAUCAUAUCUUGCAUUGAAUAACUGCACAUUAUGUACGUGUACAUCGAAACGUCAACCGGAAUGUUAUUCAAAUUGCCGUCAAAAUGGCUAUGAAAUAAUGAAAUUUAUCGCAUCAGGACAACAACGUAAUCAUACUAUUACCAUCACCGAUAGUCUAGCAACCAUUAUCUCUUACUCAAAAUUUGGAUCGAUGUUAUCUGCGAUUGAUUCUCGUUCUCUUCUAUUCCAAUUCCUACCUUCGACAAGUGCAACACCAAUUUCCAAUGCGGCUAUUCUAUUAGGUCUCAUUCACAAUCUCACUGGUCAAAUCUCCUAUCGUUUAAUCCUUAUCGAUUUCGAUGCAACAACAGAUCGUACUACGACAAAUCGUCGUGUUUCUGACGAACUACGCCUCUGGAUGCCUCAGUCCAUAUCGACCCCACGAAUGAUUCAAUCAUCGAUAGCUUUAGUUGAAGAAGAGAAAUAUUCAGAGCAGAUUGUUUUAAUAAUUUUGAUCAUUAUUCUCUCGUUUAUAUGUUUUAUCUUAGUUUUAAUCAUUAUUUUCUUAUGUUACCGACGAAAACAGAAAUCAGUCGAUUCAACUAUUGAUAUAGACCGACCGCGAUCAUCAUUAUCUACUGUCGAAAAAUUUCAUGCGCCCGAACUAACAACGAAAGUAACAUUAUUACCACAUUUUCAUGCUGUGAAGUCGGAUCUUGGUACUGAUGUUUAG